ACCAUUCAGUUCACUUCACACCCUCUUCGCGGCGCGUCUAUCCGCCACUUUCUCUGUUUCUCUCCCCCACUUCUUGCCCGUCAGUUCUCGCCUCUUAAUUUUCGUCCUACCCCUUUCAAUUUUCCGUCUCUCCACCCCUCUUCGCACCGCCGAAAAAGUUCAAAAAACCCCCGUCCGACGCCUCGAGAAACCGGUGUAAUUAACCCCGUGCGCGGACGUGUUUCCCUCAACGUGUCGAAUCAAAACAAAGCCUCGCCGGGACGAAUCCCGCGCUUUUCCGAAACCAAAACUUGAACUUUCCCUCUUCGUCUCCGCUCGGAAUUUUCCCAACCCUAACCUCAAACUUCCUAAACGUGUGUUUAGUGAUUCCUUGUGUCAAAUCUUGUGGAUUCUCAAACCUUCUCUCGCACAUCUUUUCGUCUCCUCACCACGUCUCAGUUGACUUUCAAGAUUCUGCUGUGUUCGUUCGUCGAUCUGUUUACUGUUGUCAUCGCUCGGGAAUACUCUGGGUGAUAAGUUCGAAGCUGUCAGUGCGAUGUUUCGCGAGGAUCGUAUUUGAAUCCGGUGUCCGGUCGACGUGCUAGAUUUUAUAUUUUUCUAGGAACGUUUUUCCUUUCGAAGUACAACUGUUUUUCAUUUCAUGUGUUCGUGCUUUUCUCGCGUGGUUUUUUUUGUGGUUUUAUUUUUACGUCCCAGUUUUGCCUGUGUUGUUCUCUUCAAAGUAUCUAUUUUUCGAAGUGUGAUGUAAUUGUAAGAGUUUACAAUCGAUAAGUUUCCAUUCUUGAUGGGAAGCUCGUUGUCUCCGAAUAGUUUCUUGCGUUUUUAUUCCUCGUUUUCACCAUGUCGUCGUCAUCUGAAGUCAGCGGUCGCGGAAGAAGGAAGCAAGCCAAACCUCAACGAAAAAAUGUGGACAGCGAUGUCGACGACGUGGUAGCAGGACCCGAGGGGGCGGGCUCCGGGGCGGGGGCGGGGGAGGGUUCGGUCUGCUCGGAGGAGCUCGAGGAGGGCUCCAACUCCCUGGUCAUCGACGAAGACGCCGACAUCGCCUCGCUCGCCGACGCCGAAGACGCCGACACGAACCACAACACGCCGCCCAAGCGCCCCCCGCCCACCUCGCCCACAGUCAACGGGCGCGCCCCCCGGAAGCCCGACGACCCGGAUGACGUCAACGACGGCGAUGACGAGGAUGACGUCGAGGAGGACUCAGACCACCAGCAGAACAUCAUGGAAGCCUACGAGAGGCUCGAGUCCUUCAAGGUGUUAAACGGAAUCGAAGAGGCCGAAAGCAACAUCAUCCUGAACAACCUGAACGUGAGGAGAGGUGGCCCGCGCGACACGAAGCUCAAGGAACUCCUGGAGCGCUCCUACACUGCCCUCAACCUCAACUCCCCCACCAAGUCCCCCGCACCCAGUUCCAGCCCCAAUCCCGCUACCAAAGAUGCCGAUCUUAACCUAGAAAAUAGUAAUUCAGUGCCUUCCAUAGAAAGCAGCUUGGGCCUUGUGAAAUUCAAGAAGUCUUUGGACGACCUGCCAAUCGGAGGGGCCGGACUAGCCUUUAAACCUCUGGAUGAUCUCCCCAUCGGACCACCCGCCAUUCUUUCGACCCCUGAGGGUCCUUACCAGUGCAGUCAGUGCCCCACGAAAUUCGCCACCAACGACCAACUAGAGAAACACGAAUUUAAGUUUCACUCGCCAGUUGCACAGUCAUGCAAAAUUUGCAGCAAAACGUUCGCGAAUGUGUACCGUCUGCAAAGGCAUAUGAUCAGUCACGACGAAUCAACCAAACUCCGAAAAUUCAAGUGCGAACAGUGUGAAAAAGCGUUCAAAUUCAAACAUCAUCUCAAGGAGCACGUGCGAAUCCACAGCGGAGAGAAGCCGUUCGUCUGCAACAAUUGCGGGAAGCGAUUUUCGCACUCCGGCUCGUACUCGAGCCACAUGACAUCGAAGAAAUGCCUCGUGCCAAACCUCAAGAAUCUAAAUCAAAGGAAUCCAUGCGGGAACAAUCGCAACCUAGACCGAAUCAAACAAGGCUCCCGUCCGUUGAUAAACCAGCCCAACCGAAACCUCCUCCUCUCGCAGACGAAACCUCUAGCAAACAAUUUCCUCAACAACAACAACACCUUCCCGCCCUUCCCGAAGUACCCGAACGACGCCGCCGCGUUCCUGUCCAACUUCUCGCCCGCAUCCAACGCCGGUGGAGCCCCGUACCCGUUCUACCUGUCGUCAGGUUUCCCGACACCUUAUGGCCUAAACCUGUCCCAUAUCCUGGAGCACCUGUCCGCGUCGAACCUCCCCCGCUCGUUGGACGAGAAGCCCGAGUUCUCGCCUCUGAAAGAAGUCAAAGAGGAGAUGACUUCGGAUGCCGAGAUCAAAGAAGAGAAACCAGAGAAUGAGAGCGAAGAUCCGGAGAAACCGGAGGUUCCGUCCGAUCAGAAAUUGAACGGUCUCAAACACAUAUUGGAGACUGUGAGUCAUAGCGUCACAAAGCAGUUCCUCGCGGAGAACAUGCAGAAAUUCCCAUCGACGUCCUGUAGUUCCGGAACCCCGAGUAUCUCUUCGCCGCGGACUGAAGACCAUGCUGACAGUCUCACCUGCCGCUUCUGCCAGAAGUCUUUCGCGGACUCGAUAGAGCUGCACCACCAUGAGAGAUUCCUCUGUUGUAGCGAGGAUAGGAAGGAGGGUUUGGCCGCCAAGCUCGAGGAAGCUGUGUCCGUCAAGACGGACGAUAUCCACGAGAAUGGCGUCAUGAGUAGUAGUGAGGAUGACUUGAGGGACUCGUCCAAGGAUUUCAUAACGGAGGACGAGGAUGGUGACGUGGACCAAGACGGGAAGAAGAUCAGAGUCAGGUCGCAGAUCGCAGAGGAGCAGCUCGCCGUUCUCAGAACCCACUAUUCUAUGAACCCGCGGCCGAAGAGAGAAGAGUUACUGAAAAUAGCUGAAAAAAUAGGUUUCCCAGUCCGAGUUGUCCAAGUCUGGUUCCAGAACAACCGCGCUCGGGACCGGCGCGAAGGGCGCUUGGUUCAUAUCCCGUUCGUUCCUCUAUCGUACCCCGUGCCGACCUCCAUGCAGCCUUUGAACACUUGCGGGUCCUACUCGUCCAACUCCUCCCCGGUCCUGGCGGAACAGCCUCUGGACCUGUCGACGAAGAAAUCCUCCCCCGCCACCUCCCCGCAGGGCCCCUCUUCGGACUCCGAGGACUACGGUGCCAUGAACCUGUCCCUCCAGUCGCCAACAUUCCAUCCAUACUUGGACCCGCGGCGGUCCCCCUCGCCCAUGGACGGCAGCAAGCUGGCGCGGAUCCUAGCCCAGCCGUCGGUCCGCUUUCACGCCAAUGGCAACGCUCUUAGUCUAGUUCCUAUGGAUCGCUCCAUCUACGCUAACUCUCAUAUGCAGUCGCAUUCGCCGUUACCGGCCAUCGCCAUGCACUACAAUGACUUUUCCAAGAGGAGUUUUUCUGAUGUGAGUGAAGCUCCCGAUGAUGAAAGCUGCCGAUCUGGGGGCGAAGGAGAUGUGAAACGGCGGAAGCUUAAUUUAGAAAUGGUAGCUGCUUCCAUACCUCCUGACUGUGAACCAGAGGAUCAGUUCACUUGCAAGCAGUGCUCAAAAACUUUCUCCAAACCAAGUUCCUUAGCUAGACAUAGGUACGAACACUCAGGUCAGAGGCCGUACAAAUGCACGCUUUGCACGAAAGCGUUUAAGCACAAACACCACCUAACAGAACACGCACGCUUGCAUAGUGGUGAGAAACCGUACAAAUGUCCAAAAUGCCAGAAGAAAUUCUCUCAUUCAGGUUCAUUCAGCCAACACAUGAGCCAUCGUUCAGCACACUGCAAACCGUAUAGACCAUCCCCUCCAAAAUAGGUUCUCUGUGGCAAUAAAACCGUUGACCUCCUCUUAUCGUUUAACAUUUGAAGCAUGCAAUGUAAAUUAUUGUAAAAACCUUUUUCUGAGGUUUAAAAACCAUGGGAAUGAUUGAACCAUUCUUAGCGGAAGUCUCAAGUUGUUCAGAAGCAAUUUUCGCACCGAUUGUUUAAUAAUGGGUCGAUGAAAAUUGAAAUGAAGGCCUCUCUAUCGUUCCAAUUUCCUAACUCCAAGUUGAAUAAACUAAAAAGUUUUUUACCCUCAUCGUUUAGAUGAGCGAAUUUUUUUAAAAAGGUGUGUGCUCUAUUUUCUUUGUGAAUUUCCCAUUAUUGUUGAUGAACAUUUUGUUAUAAUAGAUUAUAAAUUUUAUCUAGUCCAUUUUACUGAUUGUGGUAAAAUACCCAUCUGUAAAUUCAUUUUAUAUAGAUCUUGUAUAUAGUUUUUCCCGAUUGGCUCUCUGCAAUUUUCAUUUUGUACUUGUACAUAUUAGAAUUUGGUUUUAUGGCUUCUGAAUUUCAAAUGUGCUCUUUUCCUGUUUUUCAAGGAAAUGAAUUUUUCUUAUCUUUUAAUUUAAGUGGUAACGAUGUGCUCCCUUUUUGGGGCUCGUUACAAAGAGUAUUGCAACGGUGCCUGGUUUCUGUCGGCCUGACCUUCUUUGCGAUUCAGAUUUUUAUGUCCUAAUAUGUUGUGAUAAUGUAGAAUUUUUAGUUCAAGUUCAAUAAUUACAACCAACCAAGUAACAAAAGCUUUAAUUCUUUUUUUUUUUCAAAUUUGUAUUCAAACAACAGUUUUCUCUCUUUAAAAUGCUUUUUAACUGCUUACUGCAGUUAUUAAGUUUCUAAAUUCUGCAAAGUUGGGAAGGUUUGAUUCUAUGAAGUAGGUUUUCUCCCUGCUCUCAUCCUAUACCUAACUGUGCAUAUUGGUUUUUUUUUCUUUUUUUGUCAAAGUUUUUAGAGAUUUAAUAUGUGAUAUUGUAGUUUGUUAUUACAUUACUAAGCUCCAGACAUCCGCUGAUCCAAAAAAAUAAUAAAUCCGUACUCUUUUGUACAUUAUCUUUUCUUCACUUUACAAGAAGUUGGACUCUUAUUCAUUUGUAUUAAACCUGCUAAGAAAAAUUAUUCUAAAAGGUCUUUGACUUAAAUGCAAAUGAAACAAUACCUCUGAGCUCUGCCUGUCAAUUAGUCAGAUCUUAAAGGCAAUCUUGUAUGUAAAUCAAGUAAAUAAGCUGCAAUUUUCUGAAUUUUAAAGAUGGAAACAACACUGAUUGUACAUUCUGAAUUCAUUUUGAAGUGCAAUUUUCACUAGUCAGUUUUUUAAACCAGUUAGCGUAUGAUUGCUUCUAAGUACAGCGUUUGUUGGAAAUAAAUAUCUAUAUAUAAUUACAAAUAAAUUUACUUUCAUGAAAACAAAAUUCUUCCUAUUGGUCAGUAAUCUUUUCAUUUCAUCUUUAAAUCCUCUUGUCAUUUUUUAAAAGCUGUCCAGUGUUUCGUUUGUUCAAAAACAUUUUGGAGGCAGAAGAGAAGGUACAAUUCCACAAUUCCCGGGAGUUCAAAGGAUGAAAUUAUCAUUACGUAUUCUUCUGCCUCACAUUUCUGUUCAGAUUAAAUUAUGUCAACUGAUUGUCUGCUCUUGUGUUCAAUUUUAAAAUGGAAUGAAAAAUAUUUUGGAGAAUUAAUUAUGGACGUAUUUAAAUCAAAAGGAACUACAUCCAUUCUGACAUGAGCCCUGAGAUCAAUAAGAAUGCUUGCCUGACAGGAGUCAUGUCGCAAUGGAUUUAUUCCUUUCGAUUUGAAUGCGUCUAAAUAAAGGCUCUUGUGUAACUGUUUUAUUGAAGGCCACAAACGUUUAGGUAUUAAAAGGUGCAAUGAUGCUUAAAGUCGCAAUUUUUCCCGUUCUUGUCCGGGGAUACAAAGAGAUCUCAUUCAUUCUGAGCCUGUAAAUCUUUCAUUUAUUUGAUUUUCAAAAAUCAACAGGGAGCCUAAUGCACAGGUGUUUUAUUUAUCAGUCAUGUUACAAAGUUUGAACCAGUGAGAAUCAUUUCCUCCCACUCUCAUAAGCAGAUGAUUUUUCAACCUAUUAUAAAGUUUAAUCUCACGAUUUCCAGUUAUAGUUUUUUGGUGUCCAUAGUCACUUGGUUUUCUCGCAAAGCAAGGACAAAUAUUUUGAAAUGUGCAAUGUCAGUACCUAUAUGCUACUUUUCGACAAAAAAUUUGGCAGUUGGUUUUUGAAAGCUCUCUCAGAGUAGGUACCUUGGUGAUUUUGUGAAUUUUCAUUUUGAUAGCCUAAGUGCAAAACCACGUAUCUCUAUUACGGUUUUUCAUAAUUUCUGCACCUAUUUUAUUUCUCCAAAGAUAAACAAGCCAACUUAUAGCUUUAUACUUCUGAUGAGUAUUCUGCUGACAGAGAGAAUAAAUCGAAGCAGGCAAGAAAUCACAUUGACCAGCUUUUCAAAGAAAUAAUUAAAAAUGAUAGGAAGCCUGCUAUGUUGCAAUCAGAGGUACGUAGUUUUGCGCUUUUGCCAUCGAUUUGUGAGUCAAUCAAAGUUAUCCAAGUUGAACUUCUAAUUAUGCUUAAUGAAAUAGGUACAAUAAACAUUGAAAAUUGAAUCGAGUUUAGUGUGACUUAAAUGCCAGUUUGUCGAUUGCCCAAACAAUGAAACAAUUGAUAGGACAAAAGCCAGCAGGUCAUCUUUUCUUUCCACUCAGACUUUCCAGUUUUGUCGUGUGCAUUUUUGUGUUUAUAAAUUUUGUGGAUCCAAGUCUUCCAUAUUUAUUCCCUUUACUGUAAAUACCUGAAUAUCCUGUGAGUGAGAAAGAAAACCCAAGUGUUAAUUGCCUCCCAUACCUUCUUCAUCAUGAACUUGGAAAAUUGAAGUCUCUACUCUCAUUUUCUAAAAUUUCAAAGCUACGCCAGAAAGCUCUAGAAAACAAUGAUAUCAGAAGAAAUAGGCUGAGUUUAAACAAGCUGAUGGUGACAAAACGUUCUGUUUUUAAACAUUAAAACAACAUGACUUUUUAUAACGAAGAAUCCUCUCCAGUUUUAGUGGUCAGUCAGGAUGGUAACUAUGGGCCAGUUAAAACCAAGACCCUAUUGUAAAUUUCUAUUGAGACUUCAAUUUUAAAAAGAGGAUGAAAAAUGAAUCUCAACCUGGAAAUUUAAAAUUGUAUGCAUUUCUAUUCAGAUAAUAAUAUGAGGUUUCUUUCAAGGAGUUGACAGAUAUUUCUCAAGCUACCUUCAGGCGGAUUAUUAAAUCUUUGCUUUGUCGAUUUUGUCAGUUAUCAUCUUUUUCUUGCCUAUUAGCAACCCCAAAAAUAUCUUUGGCUUCUGAUCAACAUUCUCCUGACACACAGGCACAACAAAGAAGACCACUUAACACGGUCGAGCAGUCGCCUACCUAACUUUCUUGUCUUUUCUAGUAGAUAAAGUGUGUUUUCCUCUCUUCAAGAGAGUGUUCUAGUGUCACACCAUGCACUUUUCUAAGAUCCCCCGUGGUUACCUACACUCUUACCUAUAAAGCAAACCUGGAUUCUCUCAAAUAUUGUUCAGUGCUGAACAAUACUCUGCUCCCCCCCCCCUCCUUAUUUUCUUGGAAUUUUUCCCAAAAUGUUGCUCAAAAUUCGUAAGAUUCCCUAAAACGCAGAUUGCUUUUAAAAUUUUGGGCUCAUUUACUUACUGCUGCUGGGCUUUUACCAAGCCGUAUAAUAAAAUUUAACCCACAGAAAUGCUAUUGAAUAGUCUAUUUUCUUAUGGAAGACUACAGCAUACUACCUACGUAUAAUAGUCUAUUAUGUGAAAUAAUAAUCUAUCUCCCAACUAAAAGUCUGCUACAUAAUACUUGAACACUAUCCCUGAUGAGCCUCACAUUUGAGCCACCUAGUCAUUCGGUGCAAUUUUGAUUUUCUGUGGUGCAAUAAGAAUCUGAACUUCUGGCAGAGCACGCUUUUUGUCGGUCUUUAAAGGGAAAUCAUCAUGCAAAUCAGCUUUUUAUUCUUAAAACUGAGUAAGGAAAUAACUUAUUCCCUCAAUAGAUAGAGUUUAAUAAGUUCCCAAACUGCCCUCCACUAUUUCAGUCCUAGUUUGUGUUAAAGGUGCAGUUUUACUUUAAUUUUUUUUGUUAAUAGCCAAAUAAUCGGUUUGCCCCCCCCCCCCCAUCAUCGUUCUACUCGUCUUUACUAAAAAAUCAUCAUCCGUCAUUGUGAGGAUGUUGGUUGAGACUUUUGAUGACUUUUGGUGGGGACUAGGUAAAUAUGGCCCUUGUGGGUUGCUGUUAGUUAGGUAUUCUAUUAGGUACUUGCCCCUUUUGUUCAUAGUAACCAUCCGUUACCACCAAGGGGAUCCCUGCAGGCCCUUUCUCCCUCCCCCCCAGCCCGCAGGAGUGGAAUAAUUCAGCAGAAUAAGGCAAGUUGAAUGUUUUAUUCAGUAAAUGAAGAUUUUGCCUUCAUUUUCGAAAAUUACACUGUCCCUAUAAAUUUCUACCGAAAAUUGAUUCUGUAGGUGCUUUCAUACUAACAGAAAUAAAAAAGAAAAAACAAACACGUAAAAAUUGUUCCAAGUGAGCAUUCAGGUGCAAACUUACCAUCUUUUGUCAGUAUCACAAUUUUUGUUUGGAGGAUCGGGAAAAAAUUAUCCAUGACUUAUUGCUAAGCACAACCUAAUCCUUAUUUUGAAGUAUUAACUGUGAAUACUUUUUAAAUUUUAUUUUUUAUAACGCAUAUUUUUUAUACCUUAAUUUCUGAAUGUGUUAGGUAUUUCUUAUAAUUACUAUAUGUUACGGAUAUUACUAUUGCUUUAUCUGAUUCUUUAUUUUCAAAAAUUACUUAAAGUCUGGUUGUGUUGACAAAUUUUUCGUGACUAAAGAAUACAAUACUUGGAGAUUAUAUGACAAUAAUAUUGUUUUAAAUUUAUUAAGCUAUUUUUUAUUACAGUGAACAUGCUUAUACCUACAGUACAUGUAUAUAAGUAUUUGUUAAGAUAAACAGCUUUUCAAUUAAUUAUUUAAUUAAAAAAUUUAUUGAUUGAGUCCUGCACUGCCUAGCUAAGGUAAAAUGCUGUAUGAUGCCUUUAGACAUUGCCAAACUUCUCGGGGUAAAGUGCGGAUUUUCCUGGAAACUUGUGGUUAUUUUUCGUCCAAAUAUACAGUGAAUUUUCCUCGCCCUUGGAACUAAAGUGUCCGAAAAUUUCAUGAAAAAAUAUGCACAACUUUCCUUCACAAUACAUUUUUUAUACGGGAAAAUUUGGCAACAUUAUAAUGUUCAUACUGCGUUUCUCCUUAGCUCGGCAAUGCAUUUCUUUGUAAAUGCAAAUUACCUUAGUAUGUACCAAAAUUUGUUGUAUAAAAAUGUCAAAAGUAGACUGGUGAGUUUUUAAAGUUUCAGCCAUCGCAAAUUGUUAAUACAUGUCAGAUUACUAGGAUCCCUGAAUUUUUGUACAUAGUUAUCUAUGAAUUUUUUUUUUUUUUUAAAAAAAAAAUGUUAAAAGUUGGCCAUUUAAAUGUAUACCUAUUAUUUUAAGCCAGGCAAAUUGCAGCGCCACUUCAAGGAAUCUGAAAAAGAAAUUAUUAAGUUUCAAAGUCUGCUCUUAUUGGUUUUUUUAAAUUAACUAGGUACCAUAAUGCUGCCGCUACCGUGCUAAGGAAGAAUGCCAUAUGAUCCUUCAAACGUUGCAAGGAAAUAUUUCAAGGAAAAAUGUUCAUAACUUUCCUAAAAAUGAAUGUGUUCCAUCCGGCGUUUUUCCUUGACUCUGCAAAAUAGGAGGCCAAGACUCCGUCAAGACUUGAGUUACAUGAGUUGCAAUGCAUUGAAUGGUCUGAAAAACGCACCAAAUUAAAACUGUUUAAGCAUUGUUAAUUUUUUUUUUUUCGUCGUCUGUUUCACUGAGAGAGAUUUUAUUUAUUGACCACACAUUAUUACGUAGUCAUCCCUUUUCCAGUUGAAAUUUCCCAUAGGUAUUUUGUAAAAUAAUUUCUGUAAUUAAAUAUUUUAUGCAAAAACUACUGUAAAAUUUUGUUGCUUCAAAGCAUUUUGAAAUACUUUAAAUAUACCUUUGCCAUUGCAAUUCUCUCAAUUCUUUUCCCUUUUUUUUGCUCUCUAAAUGUUUUAUGAUCAAAGAAUUAUAUUUAACAUUACACUGUAUGACAUUUUUUUUUCUCUUUUUUUAUAUGUUUGUGUUACUUUUAUGUUUCUGGGUUACCUUUUACAUAUAAUUUUGUAUGAAUUAUUUUUUUACAAUUACCAAUUUUUAUUUUAAUUUAUUUACCAAUUUUCAUAGUUUUUUUCUUUUCAUUAAACUUAUGUCUGAGUCCUUACGAAUAAAUUAUAAUUAUUUACUCAAGAGAA